UGACAUCGCUUUUUUAACAUUAACACUUUUGGAUGCGCCUCUUUGAUUUCGAAGCCAAAAACGCAAUGAAGUUUUGGUGGCAGCUAAUUUAACCGGAGACAGGCUGUGCCUGCUUAGCAUAUAGGCUAUUUUGUUUGUUUGUUUGUUUGUUUAUUUUCCGAACCUUAUUUGCCAUCUCGGUGCUCUGUGCGCCACACAACAUGUAUAGGUUAUGCAUUGUCACGGUGACGUGCUGUGCGCUCUUGUGGCGGUGCUCCGCAGCGCCAAAGAGCCGGAGCGCAAACCCCGCAGGAGCUGAGAGCAAAGCAAAGCAAAGUGACAGGCUGCAGGAGGAGCUGGACGGCCAGGAGAGCAUCCUGUCUCAGCUGCUGGGUGAUUAUGACAAAGUGAAAGCCCUGUCAGAAGGCUCUGACUGUCGGUGUAAAUGUGUUGUCAGACCGCUGAGCAGAAGCGCCUGUCGGCGGAUUGAAGACGGGAGCGCCACCGCGCAGGAUUUCUACACCGUGGAAACCAUCACGUCCGGACCCGAAUGCAAGUGCGCCUGCAUCGCUCCUCCGUCAGCGGUCAACCCUUGCGAGGGAGAGUUCAGGCUGAAAAAACUUAGGGAAGCUGGAAAACACAACACCAAGCUCUCCACCAUUCUUGAGCUGCUGGAAGGGUCCUUCUAUGGCAUGGAUCUGCUGAAGCUGCACUCCGUCACCAUGAAGCUGCAGGAUCGCGUGGAACACAUUGAAAAGGCGGUGUCUCUGAACCGCACCACGGCUGAGGUGAACCUGCAGAAAAGCCUUCCUACCCAGGAACAGAUGAACCAAAGUUCCACCUCUGCUGUCCACCGACAUCAGGACAAGAAGAGACUGAGCGAGCUCAGCCGGGCCGCUGCACCUCAAAACCCAAACAAAAAGUUUGGGGAGGUUUCAAAAGUGGAAAAGCAAUCCCGUUUUCCUGUUCAGAUCAUAGAAGAACGCCCUCAGGUGACCCUUAAAAAAGAGGUUAACCAGGGGACUUCUCAGAUGUUGAAGAAAGGGCCAAAUGGCAUGAUCAUCAGAGGCAUGACGUUUUAUAAGUCUGAACCCGAUCCUAUGGUGGCUGAUGACGGGGAACCUGGAGAGAACUUUUUUGAAUAUGAUGGAUUCAGUGGCGAUGGCCAUGGCAGCCUCUACAGUGAGGAGAACUUCCUUCAGCACAGAGCCCCUCGCCCCAGAGCCAGGAUGGGGCAAAGGCUGUUCCAGUCAAAGACAACAGGUGUUUUGGAUAGUGGCAAGAUGACCGGCCAACCAACAAAACUGACACAAACAGAACAUGCCACAAAUAUUCUUGAGAACUUUACUGAUACUGUGGACACAACGACACCGGGUGUUCCAACCAAUGUACAGACUGACACGUCCACAAAGAGAAGCAGUACAGGUGGUCCAACCAAGUCCACAGAGACCGGAGCGCAACAGGUCACCAAGUGGUUGAUUCCCACCAUGGCCGAACCAGCUGGCACCUCUCAACGCUUCAGUCCACAGAAACUGACACAAAGUGCAAUGAGCACAUUCAGGGAAAUUCAACAGGCAGCCCAAAAUGAAACCAUGGCAACACCAACAACCAUUAAAGCACCUUCCACCAUGACCCAAACCUUCAUCAUGGAGGCAAAAGACCAAACCACAUCUGGGCCAAGACUAGCCACAGGAAUUUCAUCUACCAGCAUAAGUCCAUCUAUGGAAGUAACAACUCAAGUUACACCAACCACAGCACCAAUAAUUCCCAUGGCUACUACCUCCAUAACACCAGAACCUGCUUUCUAUCCAGACUCAACUCUGUCUCCUUCCACACAAACCACUUUAUAUUCCUACACUUCUCUGCCAACCACUACACCUUCGACUACGUCUUCUACAGCCACCACCUCCAGGCGGACCACCUCCACCAGGCGGUCCACCUCAGUCAAACGGAAAUACAAAAUCAGGUGGGACGAGGAAGAAGCACAGAAAGAUGAACGCCCCCAUUUGGAGGAGCCAAUGCAAAAGAAUGAGGAAUUCACUUCAAGGAAGACGGGGGAGUGUAAGGACACUUUGGCAACGAUCUCAGACCCAGUAACACAUAACACUUACGGCCGAAACGAAGGAGCGUGGAUGAAGGAUCCAAAGUCUGAUAACAACGCCAUUUAUGUCACAAACUUCUAUUACGGGAACAACCUCCUGGAAUUCAGCAACAUGGAUGUUUUCAAAAACGGUCAUUUCACCAAUUCCUACAAACUUCCCUACAACUGGAUUGGGACUGGCCACGUGGUCUACGAUGGCGCCUUCUACUACAAUCGUGCCUUCUCCCGUGACAUCAUUAAGUAUGACCUGCGCCAGCGCUAUGUUUCUGCCUGGACCAUGCUGCACGACGCACUGUUCGAAGAGUCGUCGUCGCCGUGGGAGUGGCGUAGCCACUCGGACGUCGACUUUGCUGUGGACGAGAGCGGCCUAUGGGUCAUCUAUACUGCGCUGGACGACGAAGGCUUUUUACAUGAAGUGGUCGUGCUGAGUCAAGUGAACCCAUCCGACCUUAGCACACAGAAGGAGACCACCUGGAGAACAGGGCUCAGAAGAAACCACUAUGGAAACUGCUUCAUCGUGUGCGGCGUCCUGUAUGCUGUUGACAGCUACAACAAAAGGAACGCCAAUUUAGAAUAUGCCUUUGACACACACACCAACACUCAGAUGAUUCCCAGAAUGCCUUUCACCAACAACUAUACCUACACCACGCAGAUUGAUUACAAUCCUAAAGAGGGAAAGUUGUACGCGUGGGACAAUGGACACCAAGUCACUUACAACAUUAAGUUUGCCUAUGUAGACCCUUAAAAGGUGAGUGACGGUAGUAAUUUGAAAAGUUAUAUUAAUUCUAUCAGCUGAAGUGGAUUGUAGACCAAUCCAUGUGUAUGUCGGAAUGUUGCGAUGAGCAGAAUUAGACAACUGGACUGUUAUAAAGCCAAACUGAGUCCUGUUUCACAAAGGCACCUUGAAGGAGAAUUCCUAUAAUUUUCAAUCAGGCCUUUAUAUUCAGACUUUUUGACAAAAACGACAGACAAAUCUGAUAUUAUUCUGUGUCAUGUUGACUUAGAAUUGUAUGGGGCAAGCUAAAACCACUCAUAGUAGACUAAUGGUGGACACGGGUGUACCUGUGUUCCCAGAGUCCAUGAACCCUUUUUCAGUUUUCUGUAAACACACAUUAUGUUCAGGCCAGGACACAUUUUAAGUUACAAUAUUUCAUAUUAUCCAGGCUUAUUGAGCAAGGCUUCAAAACAGCUAUAAACACAACAUAACCGCACACACGCACACACACAUAUAUAUAUAUAUAUAUGUGUGUGUGUGUGGACAAAAUGGUCCUAAAGUAGACUUAAAGUCUUGUAGAGGUCGAACACAAAAUUACACAAAAUGUUUUAUUCCUGCAUGUUACACUAUUGAAAUCACCUGUAUGCACAUAGUGAAAAUGUAUGUGCCAGUGGAUGUGUGUCUGUAUGAACUUGUGUGCAGUGCCAGUGUGUGUGUGUGUGUGUGUGUGUGUGUGUGUGUGUGUGUGUGUGUGUGUGUGUGUGUGUGUGUGUGUGUGUGUGUGUGUGUGUGUGUGUGUGUGUGAGAGAGAAUGAGACACAUUCCUUAUCAGCCUUGUGGGGCAACAUGCAUGUCAAGGUACAUAUAUACCGGUGUAGCGGUGUUCUGCCUGUCAUCUACGAGGGGGAAAAACAGAAAGAAAAGUAACACUUUUCUUUCUGUUUUGUUGUUGUUUUUGUCUGCACUAGCCCACAAAAAGUGUGCUUGUCAGACAUAAAUAAUAAAUUCUUUAAAAAAGAAAUAAAUAGACAUUUUUCCCCUCAAGUUCAUAUAACUUCAACUGUUUUACUUUGUCACACCUCAUGGGUACAGGAGUAAGAGCAGGGGGUUGUGGCUUUGGUGUGGCAGGAGUCUGUUCCAAAAGCAGGUGACCUUUACCUUUUCUAGUUACCCAUUAUUUGGAAUAUAGAGCUGAACAUAGGGCGUCAUUCCCAGUCCAUUUGAUAAUCGUAGGCACAUGUGCCAGAACUGAGGAACAUUUUGUCGUAUGAUACAUUUUCAUUGUUACGGUUGUCUCCUGUAUAUUUGAAGAAGAAACAGAGUUCAUAUUCACCACCAGCCUGGAAGGAAAAA